AGCUGGGAGCCAUACGGACCGUGGAGGGAUACAGGAGAGAUGUGAGGUGCCAAGCUGGGAGCCAUACGGACCGUGGAGGGAUACAGGAGGGAUGUGAGGUGCCAAGCUGGGAGCCAUACGGACCGUGGAGGGAUACAGGAGGGAUGUGAGGUGCCAAGCUGGGAGCCAUACGGGCCGUGGAGGGAUACAGGAGGGAUGUGAGGUGCCGGGCUGGGAGCCAUACGGGCCGUGGAGGGAUACAGGAGGGAUGUGAGGUGCCGGGCUGGGAGCCAUACGGGCCGUGGAGGGAUACAGGAGGGAUGUGAGGUGCCGGGCUGGGAGCCAUACGGGCCGUGGAGGGAUACAGGAGGGAUGUGAGGUGCCGGGCUGGGAGCCAUACGGGCCGUGGAGGGAUACAGGAGGGAUGUGAGGUGCCGGGCUGGGAGCCAUACGGGCCGUGGAGGGAUACAGGAGGGAUGUGAGGUGCCGGGCUGGGAGCCAUACGGGCCGUGGAGGGAUACAGGAGGGAUGUGAGGUGCCGGGCUGGGAGCUAUACGGGCCGUGGAGGGAUACCGGAGGGAUGUGAGGUGCCGGGCUGGGAGCUAUACGGGCCGUGGAGGGAUACCGGAGGGAUGUGAGGUGCCGGGCUGGGAGCUAUACGGACCGUGGAGGGAUACAGGAGAGAUGUGAGGUGCCGAGCUGGGAGCUAUACGGACCGUGGAGGGAUACAGGGUGUGUGAGACAUCACUCCCCCGUCCCCGGGGCUAUAUAGCCCACACAGGGAUACGGGGGUAGGGAUCACCCUGGGGCUAUAUGGACCGCGGAGGGAUACAGGGCACGGGAGGCCUCACCCCGCGGAGGGAUACGGGGCGCUAUAUCAAAUGGAAACGGCUAGGGCAGUGGAGUGCGCACCCGCGGAGGGAUACCUCCCUAGGUCAUGCCCUGCGCGGCUCACCGGGCUGCGGUGAGAGGGACCGCAGCACUGCACACGGGGCGGAUUAAUCGCCAGGCAGCCAUGGACCCGGUGCCGGCAAUGGAGGUUGGGGCCGAGAUUGAAGUGACCGAAGAUGGCCUGUUGGAGGAGCUGCCGCUGCGGCUGGAGAACGCUAAGAACUGCCUCUCAUGGGAAGGCCUGGAAGUCUCCAGCAGCGAUGACGACGGGGAGACCACCGCCCCCACCUCCCUGCCCCCCUUGCGCCCACCUCGGCCCCUGGCGCCAAACCUGCUGGCUCCCCCCUUCACCACCAAAUCCCUGCCUCUGGAGAACAUCAUUGUCCCCUUCCGCCCGGGGCCUGCCGCCGCCCCAGGGACCCAGGCGUGCGGGGCCUACCAGUGCCAGGAGUGCUGCCAGGUCUUCGUGGAGGAGUGGCACUACCUCCAGCACGCCCAGGAGCAUGCCCAGGAGCUGGCCCGGCGGCCCCGACCAGCCCUGCCCCACUCCCUGCCCCGGAGGAAGCAACGCUGCCCAGAGUGCGGAAAGAGAUUCUCCCACCAGCCCCGCUUCACCAGACACGUCAAGUGGCACCUCAAGCUGGCGCAGGCAGGCAUCUGGGUGCAGCGGAGACGGGGGGCCCGGCCUUGCUCCCUCACCUCCUACGUCUACCAGCCACUGGGCGCCGGGAAGAACCAGGCGGGUUCUGGGGAUGUUCCUUGCCCGCCGCCCAGCUGGGAGGGUUCGCCCGGCCUCAGGAAGCAGCAGGGUGGGAGGUGUGUGGGGCAGACGAAGGGGCGUCAGAUGCCCGAGGCCCGGACAGCGAGCAAGGAGCAGGGCACAGAAGGGCCCAAAGGGACCCGGCAGCGUAGACCGACUCUGGGCCGGGAGUUCAGCCUGCCUAGGCCAGUUGGCAUGAGUCCUACCCAGCCAAUGAAUAUGGAGGAUGAGGAGCGGGCGGACAUCUUGGACAGCAAGGUUGUCAUGAGUCCGCCACAGCCAAUGAAUGGCCAGGUUAGCGGGAGCGUGCUUCAGGCGGCCAUCUUGGACAGCCAAAUUGGCGGGAGCACCUUUCAGGCAGCCAUCUUGGAUGGCCAGAUUGAUGGGAGCCCUCUCAGGACGCUGGUCAUCAAUACCGAGGAGCAAGCGGCCAUCUUGGAGAGCCUUCUUGGUGGGAGUCCCCCACCACCGGCGCACCUCAAGGAGGAGGCGGCCAUCUUGGCUAGCCUGGUGGGCGCCAGCCCUCUCCACUCUUUCCGGACCGUGGUGGUGGGAGCUGAGGAGCCGGUGGCCAUCUUGGAAGGCCAAGUUGGCGUGAGUCCCCUGCACCCCAUGCCCCUGCGGGCCGAGGAGCUCCCGCCUUCCUUGUUCCUGGAAGCCGAGCCUGGCCUCAGCACGGCGGUGGAUGCGGUGACCCUUCGCCUGGUCCCGUUGCUCCCUGACCCCCAGGGGCUCGUGCCGUGGGGCAGCCAGAUGGUGAGGGAGCUUCCCGAUGAGGCCGGAGACGCUCAGCCCACGGCUUUCCAGCUCACGGGCUACCUUCCGCCACUCAACCAACAGUGCUGCCCCCCAGGCCCGCUCAAACUCCCCCCCUCUCCACGGGCCCCCCUGCUCCUCCACCUGGUGCCCACCCACCCUGACGAGCUGCCCCAGGUGCUGGAGCUGGAGUAUGCACCGGGCGGUGGGCUGGCAGCGGAGCCCUGGCCAGGGGGCUUGGCACCAGAGGCCGGGGACGACUUUAUCGUGGUGGAGCUGGAGGCGGAUGCUGGUGGGCAGGAGGAGGUGGUGGCCGGCCAGCCUGGCACUGCAGGGCCUGAGCGCUCUUUGGAUGCCAGCAGGCGCCGACACUUCUGGUGCCCGGACUGUGGGGUAUGCUACGGCCGGGCGGCCCAGCUCCGCUCCCACCGCCGGGGGCCAGGGCGCCGGCUAUGCGGCUGCGGCCGGCCCUUCCGGGGCCUCCUCCACCUCCUGCGGCACCAGCUCUGGCAGCUGGAGGGCGCCGCCUUCCUUUGUGCCGCCUGUGGGGAGGCGCUGAAGGGGCGCCGGGCACUGGGCCGCCAUGGGGGGCGGCACCCGGGGGCCUCCUGCUUCCACUGUCCCUGUGGGGCGGGCUUCCAGCGCCUACCCCGCUACCUCUGGCACCGGAUCCGGAACCAGCCGCCCGGCCUGGGCGUCUACAGCCUGGACAGCUUCCUCACCCCGGCCUGA